CCAUCGUAAUAUGUGCGGUAGCUGUGUGCUCAUCAGGACACGACGUGGACGGGAAGCUAACGAUUGCUAGCCCGCUAGCGCAUCGGUGUAAAGACUUAAGAUCUCGAUACUGCCACUGGUACCUGAUUUCGCGUUAGUUCUGGUUAUUUCCCCUCGUGAAAAGUGUUUUGUACUUCUUACAGCAACAUCUCUCGUUAUAAAUUAUACAAUAGUAUCAUUCAUUGAAAAUAGAAAUGUAUCAGGCCUCGGCGGAUUUCGUUUUCACGUUAGUUUACAUGCUUUUAUCGGCCUGUUUGGUUGUCCCUCCGAGCGAGUUUCGAUCUGCAGGCCUUACUAUCCAGAAUCUGCUUUCAUCUUGGCUGGGGAGUGAAGAACUUCAUUUUGUUCAGUAUCACAUCAAAAGGACGACAGCAACUAUAAUUUUUCACACCCUAAUACCUUUAGGUUACUACAUAGGAUUUGGUCUGGUCUGUCCAGAGUACAAUCUCUUUCAACCAUGGAAAGUAUCUUCCAUAUGGCUUGCCUACCUCAUCACCUCUGUCCUGGUCACCAUCAUUGCCUUGGUCAUAGCAUACUACUGGUCAAGAAAACACUGGUCAAAUCACCCUGUUUCGGCCACCCUCGGACAUCAUGACCACUCGUGGUGGGCUGUAUGUUCCAACAUCAACAUUGAAUUCCGGCGGAUCAACAAGUUCUCCACCGGCCCACCAAGUUGUAGAGUUUACGUCACAGAUUCGUGGAUCAUUAGGACUUCUGCAUAUUCAGUGUGCUUUGCUCACAAACAAGACUGCCAUUUGAAUAUUUUGCAGACUGUGGAUCAUGCUCUAUCUCACGAGAGCAGCACUGGUGUACAAAUUCUGACCAUUGAGGUAGUUAGUAUCAACAGGAAUAUCAAACCAUUCCAAAUAAGGUUGAAUGCACUUGAUUUUCGAGACCUCAAGGAUAAGGUGAGCAUGCCGAUAGUCAACGCUAGGAAUGUAGUCAUCCAACAGACCUUGACUGACAGGUUCCUAGAGGCAUUCAGACAACAGGUGGAUGGUAACCAAAGAUACGCCUUACCCGAUGGGGCACCGCGUCCUGAGGCCUGCAUAGGCUGCCUGCAGACCCCAUCCAACGUCAAGCUGGUGAAGCUGUGUGACGACCCAACCCAGGGGGAGUGUGUCCAGUGCUACUGCCGGCCCAUGUGGUGUCUGGAGUGCCUGUGUAAGUGGUGGGUGAGCAGACAACAACAGGACAAACCAGAGACGUGGCUCGGCUCAAGGUCACCAUGUCCGACGUGCCGCUCAAAGUUCUGUCUCCUGGACGUCUGCAAUAUAGCAACAUGAGAGUGUGGUUUGUCCUCGCAUGAUAGAGACUGAGACCUGAGGGGCAUUUCACAAAACUUGUCAUCAGUGACAAAUGACAGUUUUUGUUAUAAGCUACUGAAAUACUUG